GCGGCUGUGUGAUAACGCCGGUCUAGCGCUUCUCCCCUUACUUACCUCACGGUCCCCUCAUGGGGUCGCUCGGCAGUUCGGCGCCUCUUCCGCCUUUCCCUCGAACCGCCGCCAUUUAAGAACGCGACGCAGCCGACGGAAGGCGAAGCGGGACAGCGGGGGUCUCUCCACAUCCCCCAGCUCUGUCCGCUGGCUGGUGAGGAAUGAGUUGUAACCAUCGAAAUGAGUUGCACAAUUGAGAAGGCCCUAGCUGAUGCAAAAGCAUUAGUGGAGAGAUUGAGAGAACAUGACAAUGCAGCAGAAGUUCUGAUUGAACAAACUACAGCUCUCAACAAACAAGUGGAAGCAAUGAAGCAGUACCAGGAAGAAAUUCAAGAGCUUAAUGAAGUAGCAAGACAUAGGCCCCGUUCUUCGCUGGUAUUGGGUAUCCAGCAGGAAAACAGGCAGAUCAGAGAACUGCAGCAAGAAAAUAAAGAACUACGUACUUCUCUUGAAGAACACCAGUCUGCCUUGGAGCUAAUAAUGAGCAAAUACAGGGAACAGAUGUUUAGACUACUCAUGGCUAGCAAAAAGGAUGAUCCAGGUAUAAUAAUGAAGUUAAAGGAGCAGCACUCUAAGGAGCUACAAGUGCAUGUGGACCAAAUCACAGAAAUGGCAGCAGUAAUGCGAAAGGCCAUUGAAAUUGAUGAGCAGCAGGGCUGCAAAGAACAGGAACGCAUUUGUCAGCUUGAGGAAAACAAAGGACUGAGGGAGAUCCUACAGAUCACCAGAGAAUCAUUCCUGAAUCUUAAAGACGAUGCAUCAGAAAGUACAUCUCUUUCGGCGUUAGUAACAAACAGCGACUUGAGUUUGAGGAAGAGCUGAAGACUCUGUGGAGACUCUGUAUGGCUACUGCACAUAAUACUAUAAAGUAUCAGGGUUCACUUGUCAAGUAGCUGUUUUCUAGUACAGCAUUGACAAGUUAAUGCAUCCUAAAUCAGAUGAGUUUGAUACUUUUUUUACCACGUACAGUAAAUGACUUAUUUCAGAUCGCCAUUAGUGUCCAGUGUUAGUUGCCAUAGACAUAAUUAAUGUAGGAAACUGUCUAAUGUCAUCAGUGGAAGUUUUUAUAUGAAGCCAUUCAGAACAGCUGACAAACUAGGUGCAAUAUUUAGAAAGUUAAAACUCCUGGUCGUAAAGGGUGCGUACAGAUGUACAUAAGAACAGAUGUUGCUGUACUCUAGGGCACAUUCACUGCAUUGCUGAUACACUGACUGGACUUGAGGGAAAUCAGUUCUGCAGAUUUUGCAGUAGGGCUGGCGGGUACAGAAUUGAUUGGCUGACACCUUUAGUACCUCCCCAUGCUGAACAGCUUUACAUUUCCAAAUGGAUUGUGGUUUGAAAAAAUAAGGUACCAAAUGAACUGAUAAACAGCUGAACAUUAAUGCGGCACUUUUUAAAAGUAAUCUCUGGGGUGGGGGUGGGGGUAACUACUGCAAUCAACAUUGGCUACAGCCAGCUCUCCUGAACUUGCAGAAUCAAUUUAAACAGGAGGAAGCUUGGUUUGUCUUGCCUGUAGGAAAGAAUGAAGCAGCUGCUGUUAGCAGGUCCAUCUGUGCACACCAAGAGACUGGCCACCUAAAUAGGAUGAGUUCUAAGAGUCUGUAGCUAAUAGAGAUUUUGCACACUGAGUGUACUUCUCACACUUACUUUGAACAAGGAAUUGGCAGUAAUUACUUCUAGUAGAAGUUGCAAAAAGCUGUUUGAGCCCGAUGAAUUAACAGAUUUCACUUUAUAUUGCACCAGAUAAUUAGUUUUAAAUGCAGGCCUUUUAACCCUUACAGAUAAGUCAGCCACAAAUCUACUUGCAAACAAGGAAGUAAUUGAAUGAACUUGAGGUUCUAAAUGCAUUUCUUGUGAUCUAUAUACCAUGUGCAUUAUGCAAAGGGACGUAUGAAAUGUUUAAGAAUUUAUUUCAGAAUAAUAUUUUUUGCUGAUAAAGAAUAAUUUUUCCUCGGCUACUUAAUGUGAAACACUUAUUUUUGCUCUGCCAUAAAUAAAACACAGAGGCCUGGAUCAAUCAUUCUGUGCAGUGUUCUGUGUGCGCACUGUGCAUUUCAUGUCCCCCCGCCCCCACACUGCAGCACUUCUGAAAUGCUGCUUCUGAAUAUUCUCCAAGAUGGAGUACAAAAGAGUAGAGUGGUUGAGGUAUGGGAUGGGUGAACUCUUCCUCUCUGCCUUCAUUUGUGCAUAGGACACUUAGGAUCUGAGCCUGAAUAUAGAAGCUUCCCAUGUACUGAAAUGAGUUCAGAUUUCAGUAAUGAAUAACAUUUUUUAGGCAUUUGAAACCUAUCUGUAUGCCAGAGCCAGCUGUCUGACAAAUGUGAUAUGCUGAGAUAUGUGGUAGGAUUGGUAAAUUUGCUGUAAUAUGCUCAGCUUCCUUGACAUUCACCAAACAUAAACUGAUACUAAAUUUCUGGUAAAUAACAGAUUCCAAUCUUCAUUGAGUUAGUAUAACCCAAUUAAAUCUGAUUGUACUAUUUAGAACAGGCUAUCCCAACCUUGGGUCAUCAGAUGUUUGCCUGACUACAACUCUCAUCAUCCCUGACCACUGACUGCUGGCUGAGGAUGAUGAGAUUUGUAGUCAGACAUCUGCAGAGCCACAGUUGGGAAUGGCCAAUUUAGAAAAACAGAGCAGGAACCUUAUUGUAGGUUCCUUUUAUAAGUAGUGUGGCAACUAUGCCUUAUUGGUAGUAUGAGAUACUUUUUCUAGCAUGCUAAUUUAUUUAUAAACGGUACAGUGCACAUUCACCUAAUAAAAUAGCUUCACGUGAACUGUGAGCACGAAUACAAGAUGAUUUAAAUAUCUGGCAUUCCAAUCUUAAGCAUUUGCCCUGGAUUAUUUAUUCAGUGGUAAACAUUUCCCAAUAAGCUGUUCCAAGUGUGUGGCUAACUUCAAUCAAUUCUUUCAAAGUUUCUUUUUGAAAUAUAUGGUCUUACCUAAUAAAGUCUGCCCUCAUGCUGGCAUUAUAAGGAAUAUUAAGGGUACGAUCCUGUACAUUUCUAGACAAAAAAAGUCCUACAGCUCCCAGCAUAUUCCAGCCAACAUGGGUGACUGGGGCAUGCUGGGAGUUGUCUAAACAUGCAUAGCAUUGCACCCUAAAACCUAAUUAACUGAUAUGUGUAAUAAUUGAACUGCCCUGAGGAUUUUGUACCUAAAAGUUGGCCCUAAAAGAUUUUAGAGCUAAUAAGUGAUUAUUGAAUAAUUCAGUAUGUAUUCUAGAGGAAAUAAACAUAUUCAUAGUUUAUGCUUAAAUAAUCUAACUUCCCAAAACACACACUAGGUGAAAGAAAAAUGAGUCUGAGCACAAAGUUUUAUCUAGUUUUUUCUCCCUGUGUUGAAGAGUGGAAUUUCUCAAAGUUUACUCAACCCCUUUGUAAAUUAUUUAAAAAGUGUAAAUAGGAGUUUUAAAAUGUAUUUGCUUUAUAUUUGGAGUGUAAAGAAGUAACUAUCCCUCUUACAUUUGAUAAAGCACUGUCAAAACGCAGUCUUCCCUGAAAAUCUUAUUUUGUAAGUAUGGAAAUCUUCACAGUCAUAGAGUGGAUGUAGUUGUUAAUUCACCAGUAAUUCCUGAUGGAGAAGUGUUUGAUUAAUGAUUUACGUGUAAAUUAUUGUCUUGUUCAAAUCUUUGGAUGUCUGAAAUAGUAACUUCCCUUUUCUUUUACCCAAACCAGCGUAACUUAAGACUUUGAAUAACUUUCCUUCUGUGUGGCAUGACAGAUUUCUAUAUCUCAUUAUUUUUGUAAUGCAGAUGCUUGGAAUGACCUUAUGGUUGAGAAUGCAUCCUGUACAGUAAACUUAUUUUUACCAGUAAA